AUCGCUACCCGCCUUUCUUCGGUCACUGUCUCUGCAAGGACAAGUGGUCAGACGAGCUCCUCCUCAUCAGCCAACCCUUCUCGCCCCUCGACUUCGCGAUCUCCGCCGUCUUCGUCUUGCCGCCGCCGCCGCCGCCGGAAAAAAUGUCUCAGGUUGAUAACAGAAACUCUUCAGCUGUCAAACGAGCCAGAACCGAUGGUAGCCGAAGGGAAGAUGAUUGGACUUGCCCCAGCUGUGGCAAUGUCAAUUUCUCAUUCAGAACAACUUGUAAUAUGCGAAAUUGCACCCAACCGAGGCCAGCUGACCAUAAUUCGAAAUCUGCCCUGAAGCCUGCACAACCUCCGCAAGGAUUUUCAUCUGCAUCACCAUAUAUGGGUUCUGGAGUACCUUCUUCUAUGUACAUGGGUGUGCCACCUUAUGGCUCUUCAAUGUUCAACGGCUCUUCAAUUCCUCCUUAUGACAUGCCUUUCUCUGGAGGCUCGAUGUAUCCUUAUAACUAUGGCAACCGCCUAUCUACUGGUAGCCCUUAUAGACCACUGCAUCUAUCAGGGCCGGCACCAUAUCCAAGUGGAUCAAUGAUUGGAAGUGGAGGGAUGUAUGGCAUGCCCCCUAUGAUGGAUAGGUACGGCUUAGGCUUGCCUAUGGGGCCUGGCGCAAUGGGACCGAGGCCUGGCUUCUUUCAUGAUGAUAAGAUUCAAAAGAAGGGCACAGAUGCUACUCGAGACAAUGAUUGGACAUGCCCAAAAUGUGGAAAUGUCAAUUUCUCUUUCAGAACUGUUUGCAAUAUGAGAAAGUGCAAUACCCCGAAGCCUGGAUCUCAGGGUUCAAAGUUGGAUAAGAAUUCUAAACAAAAAAUGCCGGAGGGAAGCUGGAAGUGUGAGCAAUGUGGCAACAUAAACUAUCCAUUCAGGACCAAGUGUAAUAGACAAAACUGCGGGGCUGACAAGCCAGCUGAGCUGGAGAAGUCACCUUCUCCAGCAGAGGAAGAAAAUGAACAGUGAGUACUAGGACAUAUUUGGGGUGGUCCAGAGUUGUCGUCCGGCGUCGCCAAUGUGGGUCUGUCUUUUCGUCCUCGUGUUGCAGCAGUUGUCAAAGUCACUCAGUAUCGUCUCUCAUGAUUUGUGUCAAGGUUUUUGUACUAAAGGAUUGGUAUAUCUGGUCUUUGUUGGACUCCUCUGUUACUUGACGUGUCAGGCUCUGGUUCACUGACAAGGAUUUAUUCAGGUUGGUUCUGGUAUUUAUGUAUGUCUUAGGCUAUUGUACCUUUCCAACAUCUUAUCAUCUAUUUAUGUAGGUGCAUCAACCACAUAACGUAGAUAUGUUACUAGUGGAUGGAAAAAAAACUGCGAGUGGCAAAUUUUUUUUUUUUCCCCUUCC